GCGGGGCAGGUUUCCGGUGCUUGUGUUCACUGUGGAGUGGCUCGCCUUGGCUCGGUUCGGUUCGGUCCGCGACAGAGGAGCAGCUGCAGCGUGGGCAGUGCAGAACCAGCGUGUGACCGCGGAGGAACCAUGGCGGCCCCUGCUCUCUCCGGCCGGGCUGGCUCGUCGGGCAGCCUCGGGAACAGCCCCACCAUGGCCGCCGGGAGGCUGCCGCACGGCGGCGGGCCCGAGCUGGACUUCAGGUCGGCGGCCCGCAUGGAGGAUCUGAACCGGCUCAUCCAGGAGUUCAGCAAGCACGACCAGCGGGAGUACGACGACCAGCGGGCUCUGGAGAUCCACACGGCCAAGGACUUCAUCUUCUCCAUGCUGGGAAUGGUCCAGAAGUUGGACCAGAAGCUCCCCGUGGCCAACGAGUACCUCCUCCUGUCAGGAGGCGUUCGGGAGGGCGUGGUGGACAUGGACCUGGACGAGCUGAGCGUCUACGCCCGCGGCACAGACUACGACAUGGACUUCACCCUGCUGGUCCCUGCGCUCAAACUCCACGACCGCAACCAGCCGGUGACCCUGGACAUGAGACACUCGGCGCUGGGCCACUCCUGGCUCAGCCUCCGCCUCUUCGACGAAGGAACCAUCAACAAGUGGAAGGACUGCUGCACCAUCGUCGACCACAUCAACGGCACCACCAACUACUUCUUCUCCCCAACACUGGUGGCUGACUGGUUCUACCAGUCCAUCUCCUUGGUGCUGCUGGAGGUGCAGAAGAAGCCGCAGAGAGGAAUGCCAAGGGUGGAGAAGGUGGAGCGGAACGGCACAAUCAUCUCCGUCAUCCUGGGCGUCGGGAGCAGCCGGAUGCUCUACGACAUCGUCCCCGUGGUGUCGUUUAAAGGGUGGCCGGCUGUCGCCCAGAGCUGGCUGAUGGAGAAUCACUUCUGGGAUGGGAAGAUCACCGAGGAGGAGGUGAUCAGCGGCUUCUACCUCGUCCCCGCCUGCUCCCACAAAGGCCGCAAGGAGAACGAGUGGCGCCUGUCGUUCGCCCGCAGUGAGGUGCAGCUGAAGAAGUGCAUCUCGUCCAGCCUGAUGCAGGCGUACCAGGCCUGCAAAGCCAUCAUCAUCAAGCUCUUGUCCCGCCCCAAAGCCAUCAGCCCCUACCACCUCCGCAGCAUCAUGCUGUGGGCCUGCGACCGCCUCCCCGCCAACUACCUGGCGCAAGACGACUUCUCCGCCCACUUCCUCCUGGGCCUGAUCGACGACCUGCAGCACUGCCUCGUCAACAAGAUGUGCCCCAACUAUUUCAUCCCUCAGUGCAACAUGCUGGAGCACCUGUUGGACGAGACGGCCAUGCUGCACGCCCGCAAACUCUCCUCCGUGCGCUCCGACCCAGCCGAGCACCUGCGCACCACCAUCGAGCACGCCAAGGCCGCCAACAGGCUGACGGUGGAACUGCAGUGGCGGGGCAGCACCAACAACCUGCCAUCGCCGCAGUCCGACGCCGGCGGAGAGAACCAGCCCGACGACCGGCUGGCCAAGAAGCUUCAGCAGCUCGUCACGGAGAAUCCGGGCAAAUCCAUCUCAGUCUUCAUCAACCCGGACGACGUCACGCGGCCGCACUUCCGCAUCGAUGACAAGUUCUUCUGAGACUGACUUCCUCCUCCCUCUCAGCCUUUCUCCUCCUCGCCUUGUCCCCACCUCCUCUGAAACUUUGUUUUUUUAAUUUUUUUAUGUUUCUCUGCCACAGAGUGAAGUGAGGUGAUCGUCUUGUCGUGUCUGCCACAAUUUUUUUAUUUUUUAUUUUUCUAUUCCCGUCCCCACCUCCUCCUCUUUCACUGUGUGCCCUGUGGUUUUUACCUGCUGAAUGCCUUUUACACACAGCUGCACAGCAGCAGGUUGUUUUACAAAUGAAGGAAGAGAUGGAAGUCCACCUUCGGCCGGCUCUGCUGCUCCAGUGUUCGUAGUUUGUAGUUCAAUAUAAUUAUCAGGGAUCCUGGAAAUGAGACGAGUCCACCAACUCCUGAAAUCGUGACGUGUGUCUCACGCCAGACUCGCUGUCGUUUAAAUUUGGCGCUGAAGCUCUGACGGCAGAAACGAUGUGAAAGCGAGGAGCUGGGCUAAAAUCAGCUGCUUUGAUACGAAUGUGGGAAUUUCAGUGCUGGCGUGGCCAAAGCCUCAGUUUUUAUUUCAUUUUUACUUUUCUGUGAUAUAGUGAAGAACAAUCAAAGCAUAAAUAAAUAAAUCCUAUUUCUGCAAAGACUCAGCAUUUCCACUGUUCACCCGUGCUCUUCAGGCCUUCUGCAGUUCUCAUGUUGGACACCAGCCGAAUUCUGAUCGAUGGAGAUCUGAUCCUGAGCUUUUCAGUUUGUGGACUUCAGCUGUUCCACCUGCUCCUUAAAGACCAGACAAACUAAAACUCCUCAAAGACGAAUUUCUCCCAACGAUUUAGGAAGAAUUCGGUGACAAUCUGUUUGUUUUCCAGCACGAUGAAGCUCCAAGUUACACGCCUCAGGUGAUUACUGAGGCUCAGAGAUCAUCACAUUCAUAUUUGGAUCCGUGCAUGGAUCAUUGAUGAGGCAGGACUGCAUUUGUCCAGCAGAGAACUGCAGGAGUCAUGAAGGUCGGUCUAAAUGCUGACCAGUGCAGAAAAACUGAAGCGAGCGUCAGCUGCUCUUCACCUCCACGCGCUCGUUCCUCGUGAUGACACGAGUACGAGGUUUUCAUAAUUAUGAGCAAGUUACUCAAAAUAUCUAAUGACUCGUUUUCCAAACCAAACAGCAAGUUUUCGCAGCAGCUCGGCGUCGAGCAUUUCAGAGCUCGCUGAUCGGACGGCGGACGCUUUCAGGAGCUGCGGACAGCCUGAAGUGUCACAUCGAGGAGCAAAAGCAGCAGAGCUCGGACGAAGGUGGAUUUUGUCCCUCUGAGGAAUGUCUUAGUCCCACCGCGGGACGACGAUCAUGGUACUAACGUCUUAGAAACUAACUGUAAAAAGGAACAAAGUGACUGAACUCUGACAUGUGUGGGCAGAAGGAGGAAUAGACUGACGAUGGUUUGUCGACUACUUUUCGUCUGAUUUUGCACAGAAUGUAAAAAAAACAAACACCGCCGUGUUUCCUCUCGAUGGCGGACGCCGUGUCCUCCUCACUGUCGAAUGACGGUAUAUCAUAUCAGUUGAUGGUGACACUUUACCGACGCGUGGUCGCAGUGCACGCUGUAGAUGUUCUCAUUAACCGGCAGAGCUGCAGUGAUUGUGAUUGGUCCAAAGACGCAGCUUCCCCUGAUGGAGUCGGCUGAGCUGCCGGAUGGUGUUGCAUCUCGUUCGCGCUCGCAGGCUCACGUUCUGACAGACGCCCUGGAUCCCGUGUAGUUUGCAAUGUUUUCCCAGUUUUCCUCAUUUCAGUUUGUUUUGAUGAGCUUGAGCGUAGUCCAGAAUCCUUCCAGACAUUCCAGGGUCCAGAUCCAGACGGAUGGCGUAGCUCGUGGUCCUGAUGGGGGCGUGGUGGGUUUUGGGCCUGUGCGUGUGAGCGAGGCGUAACAGUUUGGGACUUGAAGCUCACAGCAGCGUUUCUGUUUACUGCUCAGGUUAAUCUGCUGCACGGCGACCGCAGUCAGUAACGUGUCACUUCCGGCUCGAUAUCACCGGCCUCGCUCGCCACUUCCUCUUUCUCCAUCUUGUUUGUUUUGAUCACUAUUUAAUAAGCUUCACUGUAACUUAGUUUAUUAUUUCUAACCUGACCGAUGUUUACUCCGCAGCUGCUUCUUAGUGUUUGGAUGUCGAGGGUUCGACUCCCCUUCAGCGCCGCCAGCUCGCCACGUGAUCGUCGGCCUUUCAGGUCGCUCACAAAACAUUGGGACCAAAUCCCGAUUGGGACUUUUUACACUCCAACUGUAGGUGGAGGUUUGGUGUGAUGGAGCUCCAGGCUGGUUUCUGGCACAGUUACUGUGCAGUAAGCAAACGCUGUUUGGCUCCAGAAACCACCGAUUAUGUGGCGAGCCUCAGUUUGGAGCUCAGGCAGCUUGGCUGCGGGAUGUGUCUAAUGAGAUGGUGCUGUGAUGUCAUUACCACCACCUCUACAAGGGUUUUUUUGAGGGGCACAAAUCAUCACAGAUUUAGCCACAUGACCAUCAGACACUGUGGUGUCGUGUUUAUAUACAAGGAAAAGAAAAAUGUGCUUCAUCUCAGCUUCAGCCUCUGUGAAACCUAAAUAUUGAUUACAGAGUCAGAGCCUGUGCUCAGCUCUGAUUGGACAGCUGAAGCGCGACUGCAGUCAGCACUAAUGCGAGCAGCUCACUACAGCUUAAAAACACUAAAGCAGAUAUUUUUGAUCUCCUGACGUAAACGAGCAUCGGCGACAUCUGCCGCCUUCAGGAUGCGACUGCGCGCCGGCGUGUUUGAGCCGCAGCUGGUUGUGCCGAAGGUGAGUCGUCCCAGGUUUGUUUUGUUUUUUUGUCAAAGUCUGAAACAUUUCCAGGAAAAUGCAAAAAACCAGAAAAAGAAUCUGCAGACGUCUGCAGACAAUGCGAUCUCCAUAUCCUCAUCCUCAAGUGCAAUUAGUGAACACAGAACAAGUACACACUUAUACAAACGCACAUAUACGUCAUGUAGCAUUAAGACACUGAAGUAAGUUAAAGCUGAACGGUACACUGCUCUGCCGACCCCACAGACCCGCACUGACACUCCCACUCAGAGGUUUUUCACACCAUCAAAGUGCCGCACCACGCUCUCCUGCUCGGUGGAAAUGUAAUCAGUGUGUUCUUCUGAGCUCCGUGACUUUUGACCUUACUGCUUUCUCUAUUUGUUGAGAACCUUUUGACUGUGAGUUUUUAUUUUUCUGUACCUCGCUGCUCUGCUUUGUUAUGACGAUGGAUUUCUUUAUGCAACGUAGACGUGGGUGGGUGUAUCCCUUCAGAUGGCAGCUCCUCCCCAUCUGUGAAGGCUCUUCGCUGGAUUUCACUAUAAAGUCUUUUAAGCUGAA